AAAUAUAAGGGCAAGACAAAUUCAUACACGCAUGCGCACUUCGGCGCACGGGUGACAGCUAAUGUCUUGUUUAGAAGCGUCCUACAAAGUGCGCGACUAUUUUACUUUAUAUGAAACGCUAUUGAUGUUAAAAGACGUCCUGUAGAGGUGGGAUUGUUGUGUCUGAAAUAAGAAACGCCGUUCGUUGAUUUGACAUCGCACCGCUUGAGUAACACGCCAUUAAAGUGACCGGCAUCAGGACAGUCACAUGACCUAACAUCCAAAGCACCCUGCCCUUACAGUCAGUCACCACCAACUGACCAGCCUCUUCAUCAGGACCGAGGAGACGAUGUGGUGGUUCCAGCAGGGUCUCUGCUUCUUGCCGGCUCUUCUGGUUGUCUGGACGGCAGCAUCAUUUAUCUUCGCUUACGUCACAGCUGUGCUUCUGAGACAUGUGGACCCUCUGGUCCCGUACAUCAGCGACACAGGAACGAUGGCACCAGAGAGGUGUGUGUUUGGCAUCAUGCUGGACGUGUCAGCCUUAUUAGGCAUGGCAACCGUGUACGUACGAUACAAACAAGUGGAGGCGCUGACGGACAACAGCGAGCUCCACCUCCACAGAUUGAACCGCUUUGGUCUGCUGCUGGGUGUCUGUAGCUCUUUAGGCAUGUGCGUGGUGGCCAACUUCCAGAAGACCACACUGUUCUCGGUCCAUCUCCUGGGAGCAGUGCUGACCUUAGGCGUGGGAGCGCUUUACAUCCUGGUGCAGACUGUGUUGUCUCACUACAUGCAGCCUCAUGUGCACAGCAGGAGCGUGUUUGUGGUGCGCCUUGCCAUCUGGCUGUGGACCCUCAUCAGCAUUGUCAGCAUGUUUGUAUCAUCUGUCAUCAUGUACAGCAGCCUACCUGGGGUGGAUGUCGCUCAUAAACUGCACUGGACGCCUGGCGAAACGCUCACAUCAUCAGUACCGUAUGCGAGUGGUCACUGGCCUUCUCCUUCAUCAGCUUCUUUCUCACCUACAUACAAGACUUUCAGAAAAUUAACUUGCGGGCCGAGGUAGACAUGCAGAGCUCCCACUUGUACGACUCGCCGCAUCAAAGCUUCGCCGCUCUUCAUGACAAAUCGGAAGCGUCAGAGUCAUCGCCACUGCUGCUGUCAGGAGCGACGUGACCCUUGAAAGUACUGUACUACUUUUUACUUCACAGGUAGUGAAAUUUAUUCACAUUCUUUCACUUCUAUCCUGAUAUUUAAGACGUUUUCGGGCUUCCGUUCUGAUAUCAUGCAAAGUUUGCUUAUUUUAUUGCAGUAAAAACAAACCUCGGUUGCAUUGAGCUUGUUGGAGUUGCACUUUAUCUGCUUUAUACAUAAUAUAACUAUUAUGGAGACGUGCUGAUUGUUAUGGAAAAAAAACAUCCAAACAAACUAACAUACAGUAAACCUCGGAUAUAUCGGAUUCAAUUGUUCCCACUGGUUUUGUCCGAUAUAAGCGAAAUCCGUUAUAUGCGUAUACCGGAAAAUGUCCGUUUUACGCAUAUAUCGGAUUUAUAUCCGGUAUAUGGGUAAAUCGGAUUUUAUCCGUUAUAAAAAGGCACUUCCUUGACUAUGUUUCCAAUGUACCUGGACGCGCAGGCAACGCUGCAAACGCUGCAAAUGACGUCGUAUAGGGGCCUGUCACGAUUCGGCGAAUCGGAGCGCCACUAUGCGGCCAUCCGAUAUAUGCGAGGGAAAUUUAAUGGAAAUGCAUUGGAACGGGACUGGAGAUUUUGUCCGAAAUAGGCGAAAUCCGUUAUAAAAAAUCCGAUAUAUGCAAUGAAUUUUUAUUGGAAAUGCAUUACAGAAAAAUCGGUUCUUUUUUAUCUGUCCGUUGUGAGCGAAUUUCCGAUAUAUCCGAGUCCGAUAUAUCCGAGGUUUACUGUAACACUUGUCAAUGGACAUCACUCCAUUUGAAUUGUCCUCUUCAAUUCACUUAAGUGAUUUUUCUCGACUCAGCUAUUCAACGUUGCUCUAAAAGUACAUACAGGUUUUUUAAAGGCUGAUUCAUAAUUGUGAUUUAUUCACUUCAUACAUGUUUUUUGGUCCCAUAAAUUUUCUGCAUUGAUGAAAAGCAUAACAACAUUUCAAGAUUUUGUUCAAAGAAACAGCUUAACCAUACUGUGUGCCACAUACAUCCAGCAAUAUCAAUAAAUAAUAGGGAAACAAGAGAA